UAAAGACUUAUUAUUAAAAUAUAUCGAGUGGUUUGCUUGACACGAAAGGUCCUCUGGGAUGAAACAGCAAUCAAACACAAAUUAAAUUAUCGAGCUUUGAUCACAAUGGCACUUUACGUAUUUUCAGUACAGAAAAUGCCAAAUUCACUUUUGAUCAUCAUUAGAUUUGUUUGUUAAAAAUCAAAAUAUCCCAUACAAAAUAUCCGAUACAAGGCUUUGUAGCUCGUUCUUACCGUUGUUAUGACAGUCGUUGGUUUUACAAUAAACAACCUAUUUAUUGGCGCGUUUUUGUGCUGCGGUUUGGAAAAGCAGCAAAUAUAUGAAGACCAUGACCACAAAACUGCUUGAAACCCGUUAAUGAGUCAUCUUCGCUGGGCUUGGUUGUGCAUCAAUAUUGUGUAUCGGUCAUCUACAGUUUCGAAAAUCAUUUAUUAGAGCUACGUAUCGAAAAAUAAUAAGUAUUAUUGUCCAUGUACAAUUCUCUUCUGUCGAGCUCAAAGUUUUGAAAAUGUUAUUGAGAUUGUUGCUUGUGCUGAUCUCUCUUAUCUCCGCGGUGCAAGGCCAGAUACCUAAUACUCCUCCACGGUUUGUUGACACACAGUACACUGCAUCAUUACCUGAAAAUAAACCUGUAGGAACCAAUGUAGUCGUUGUGUCAGCGGUUGAUAAUGACGGUGAUCAGAUUAAUUACGAGCUUGGAACCGACGCACAAGGACGCUUUAAAAUUAACCUUGUCACAGGUCAAAUAACAUCGAAUGUGGUUAUUGAUAGAGAGUCUCUCAGCAACGAUCGUUUAGACUUCAACGCAUAUGCCUACGACAAUGUCACAGGCAAGUCUCAAAAGGUCAAAGUCCCAGUGUCAGUCAUCAUUAGUGAUGUGAAUGAUAAUAAGCCCGUUUUCAAAAACACACCUUACAGACUUACCAUUAAGGAGAAUCAAUUAGGACCAACUGGGUUCACUGUAUCAACCAGUGAUGCUGAUAAAUCCGGACUGAAUUCUUUGAUCAUGUAUUCUAUAACGUCUGGAAAUAAGGACAAAAGGUUUGACAUUGGACGGUACACUGGAACCCUAAGUGUUAUCCAAAGUGUUGACUACGAGACGCAAAAAAAUUACAGUCUUACCAUCACUGCAACUGAUGGUGGUGGUCUGUCUGCUUCUACAGUAGCAGAUGUCCAGAUACAAGAUGUAGAUGAUUUACCAGCCGUUUUUGAACCAUCAUCAUACACGGCACAAACAUCUGAAAGUGCGGCAAAGGGUGUAUAUGUUACCACGGUAACAGCUCGCGAUGGUGAUCGUUCACUUGAUGCUCCAGUGAGUUAUCUUAUUGAUCCAGAUACGAAUCCUGGAUCUGCCUUCAUAAUCAUCAAUAGUACUGGAGUAAUAACAGUCAAUAAUAAGCUAGAUCGUGAGACGAUACCUUUGUACAACUUGCGUGUUGGAGCCAAGUCAACAAUUCAUAAAGCAGUUUAUGCCACAGUCAAAGUUACUAUCAUUGAUGUCAACGAUAACUCGCCUAAGUUUAUUGGAGCCCCUUAUAAGGGCACUGUACCUGAAAAUUCACCUAAAGGGCUGACAGUGCUGCGGGUUACCGCCCAAGAUUCCGACGCUGGUGUAAAUGCUGCGUUCGUUUUCUCACUUACUGGAGCUGCGUCAAAAUUUGUUGUCAAUAGCAAAGGAGAUAUUUCAGUCAACGGGAACAUCGACCGUGAGACCCAAGGAAGAUAUGACUUUGAGGUAAAAGUGACAGAGACUUCUACGUCAGAGAAGUACCACCAAAGUGCUCAAGUCACCAUCAAUGUGACUGAUGUUAAUGACAACAAUCCCCAGUGUAAACAAGCCACUUAUCGAGUCACCGUGCAGGAAAACAAACCAAACCAAACACGAGUUACUCAGAUCGAGGUAACAGAUUCAGACUUGGGUUCCAAUGCUGAAGUAAAAUUUAGUCUUGUGCCAGAUUCCAGCAAACACUACAAGCUUUUUAGCAUUGAUCCUCUUAGCGGUAUCAUUAGAGCUAUGACGACAUUUGACCGUGAAGAACUGGGAACGUACACCUUGUCAGUUAGAGUUACAGACCAACCGAUAACUGGCCAAGGACGGAUUGGUGAGUGUUCUGUGAUUGUUUCUAUUGGUGACGAGAAUGACAACAUUCCUGUGUUCAACAAUCUACCAAACACAUCAGCGACGGUUUCAGAAGGAGCAGCUGCUAAUACUGAAGUAUACACAGUCAAAGCUUCCGAUAGAGAUUCAGGCGUCAACGCUGCUUUAAGCUAUACAAUAGUAUCUGGAAAUGGUGAUGGCAUUUUCACUAUUCAUUCCAGUAGCGGCGUGCUCACCGUAGCCAAGGUAACGGAUCGUGAAAUUGUGCAGCAAUAUACAUUGGGGAUUAAAGCAACUGACGGCGGUGGCAAGUCAGUGACGUCAUCUUUGGUAAUCAAUGUACUUGACGUCAAUGACAACUCACCAGUCUUCUCAAUGCCAAGUGGAUACGACUUCCAUGUGGACGAGGGUGCUGUAGGAUUAGAAGUUGGUACAGUAAAGGCUACCGAUAAAGACGAGGGUUCUAAUGCAGACAUUACUUAUUCACUGAAGGCAGUUGAUGAUUAUACAAAGUUCAGUAUUGAUAGCACCAGAGGAGUCAUAAGGACAGCAGUGAAACUGGAUCGUGAAACCGCAAGUCUUCACACCUUAAGAGUUCUUGCACAGGACUCUGGGAAGUCAAAACUGUCAUCUGAAGUACGCGUGACUGUUAACGUCACAGAUAUUAAUGACCAUAAGCCCAUAUUUAGUAAAAAACUGUACACUGCCACAGUUGUGGAGAAAACAACGCCUAAAGUGAUAGUAACGGUCACGGCAACAGAUGCAGACCUGGGAAUUAAUUCAGCUCUAGCCUACUAUAUCGAAAGUGGAAAUGUUGACAACAAUUUUGGUAUUGACCUGAGUACUGGUGCGAUAUCAACACUCUCACCAUUAGAUCGCGAACACCGGUCGUCAUAUACAAUGCUUGUUGUUGUUAAAGAUCUUCGUGGUAAUAGUGCAAAAGGAAUUCCCCUCAGGGAUGCUACUAUUGUAAAAGUCACCGUUAAGGAUGUGAACGAUAACAAUCCAGUGUUCUCAAAAUCUCUUUACACCGUGACCAUACCAGAAAGUACAGGAGUCGGUAAAGAUAUCUUACAAGUGACCGCCACUGAUUCAGAUGACGACAAGAAUCGUGCCUUGCAGUAUAGUAUUAUAAAUGGUAACUCUCUCGAGAGGUUUUUUCUUGAUAUGAACAGUGGAACACUGUAUGUAAGGAGCGUCCUUGAUCGAGACCCACCAAGAAAUGAAGACUCAUUUACUCUGACGAUUCAAGCAGCUGACAGGGGUAAUGUUUCCCUUAAAUCAUCCACAAAGGUGUCUAUUACCGUGUCAGAUGUGAAUGACAGUCCCCCCAAGUUUUCGUUUGAAAUAUACUCAUUGUCAGUCCUUGAAAAUACUACAUCCGGGACAGUAAUCCUAAGGCCCAAGUGCACUGAUGGGGACCUAGGAAGUAAUGCACGAAUAUCUUACACACUUGUGUUUGAUAAUAGCGAGGCGUCUUCGAAGUUCACCAUUGAUAGCAAUACUGGAGUUUUGUCAGUAUCUGGUGGCUUUGAUUACGAUUCAAAUACAAGGAAGUAUCUUAUGGUCAUAACUGCAAGAGAUUCCGGGAAUCCAAGUUUGUCAGGAAAUGCUACUGUCAUUGUGAAUCUUGAAAACGUAAACGACAACAGUCCUGUCUUCACCAAGAGUCGAUACAUAUUUACGGUUAAAGAGAGUUCUUACAUCAAUAGCGUAAUGAAAGUUGGGACAGUAAAAGCAACUGAUGCAGACGGAGAAAGUUCUCCAUACGGCAGAAUCAUGUUCAGUUUUGUAAACCAAUCAAGUUACUACAGAGAUUACCAUUGGCUUUUGAAUGACAGUAACAUUGUGGAUAUUGACAGUGGAGUAAAAGGUCGUCUUGUUGGUCAAGCCAGAGUAAUUUCUCAGCCAAGAUUCGGUCAGGUGGUAUACCUUAAUGGCCGUGAAGCUUGGAUACGAGCUGGUGACUUUGACAUGCAAUGUGUCAGUAACCCAUCUCUUUGUCCAAGUGGUCUGACUACAGCUUUCUGGUUAUUGUUCCAUGGUGGUCGUUACAUCAUCUCGUCAGGUGGCCAGUCAGAGUUUGGUUCUGGUUUUGCUUUCUAUCACAUCAUAGGAACUGGAAAAUUUACACUUCUUUUAGCGACAUUAAAAGAGAAAUGGCAAAUAACAUUAAAUUCUAUCCCCAAGACUUGGUACUACGUCACAUUCACUUGGAGUCAAUCUUCCGGACUGAAAUACUAUGAGAAUGGUCACCUCAUCCAGUCCUCUAAGUAUGGUGCCAGUGUAUCACGUGCUAGUGAUGCCUUCACAGUUUUGACGGUUGGGAGACCCAACAAUAUUGACAAACUUGAUUACUAUGGCAACUUAAGCGUCAGUGAUUUAAUGAUAUGGAAGGAAGAACUUACAGCUGAAGAAGUCCUCCACUCUUAUCGUAUAUCACGUCACGUGACUGGUAAGCCUAUGCCCACAAAUCCACAAUACGUUGAUGCUUUCGGGAUCAAUCCGUCGACGGGCGAAAUAAACGCCAUUGGUUUAUUGGACAGAGAAACUAAAUCUAACUACACCCUGGAUGUUGCUGCAACAGACAUGGACCCAUUUCACCCUAGGCGAAAUACAACCGUGGUAUUUGUUGAAGUCCUGGACACGAACGAUAAUUCUCCUAUUUUUGAUAAAGAAAGUUAUGUUACAAACAUGGUUGAACACUCAGCAAUAGGCAAGCCGAUUAUCCAGGUUCAUGCUAGUGAUCAAGACAUCAGUAGCAACAGUAGGAUAACAUACAGUAUCGUUAGUGGAAAUACCGCUGACUCCUUCAGUAUUGAUGGAACGAGUGGACAAAUCGGCCCAAAUAAGGAUAUUGAUAGAGAGCAAGUGCAGCAGUAUCUUCUUGGUGUUCAGGCUCGCGAUGAUGGCAAACCUGUUCUUCAAUCAACCGUACAAGUGACAAUCAAUGUUGAUGAUAUCAAUGACAACAAACCCAUUAUAACUCUUCCCACAAGUACUGCUUCAGUACAUGAAAACAGACCCAGAGGACAAACUGUACUUAAGCUCACUGUUGCUGACAAAGAUCAAGACAAAAACGGUGAACUUACAUUCACAGUAAACAACGUAAAAUUUGCAGUUGAUAGCAACAACACUCUUGUAACAACUCAAGUACUUGAUCGCGAAGCACAGUCUCAUUAUGAUCUUAUAAUAACAGCCACGGACAAAGGAUCCCCACCCAAGUCUUCCUCUGCCAGUGUUAGAGUAAAAAUCAUCGAUGAAAACGACAACGUUCCCAGUUUUACAAAGUCUCUGUACAGGGCGGCUAUCUCUGAAAAUGUGACGAUAGGAUCUCGAGUGUUGCAAGUAUCCGCUAGUGACCCUGAUGAAGGCAGCAACGGUGACAUUGUGUAUUCCGUUGAGGGAGCUAGCGGGAUAUUUGUAGUUAAUUCAACUUCAGGUGUUAUCAGUGUGGUGUCACGACUUGAUCGUGAGGCACACCCAAAAGGAUUAUCACUGGUUGUUAUGGCCCGUGACCAUGGUUACCCAAAACCAAAUAAGGCCUUAGCUUACGUCAACAUCACUAUAUCGGAUGUCAAUGAUAACACACCUAAAUUUGAUAAGUUCGACUAUGUUGGGAUAGUACGAGAAGAUUCUAAACCUGGAACUGUGAUAACUACUGUACGAGCUACUGAUAAUGACGAGGGCUUGGCAGGAAUGAUCACCUAUUUGAUUACAGGUGGAGAUCCAGGAGGUCUCUUUUCAGUGCAACCACAAUCCGGGAAUAUUGCAGUAGCAAAACCACUGGAUAGAGAAACUAAGGGCACUUAUGAAAUCCAAGUGACAGCAACAGACAGAGCAGCCGACCCCAAAGCUGCAACAGUCGAGGUAGACAUAACAGUAACAGACGCCAAUGACAAUCCGCCAACAUUCGUUAACGUAGUCUCCAAGAUCUUAGUUAGUGAAUCAGCCCUACCUGGGACCCCAGUCUUUACUGUACGAACCACUGAUCGUGAUGUUGGUGUUAACAGUCAGGUGAAGUAUGCUGGAUACUCUCCUGAGAGAGCAUUUGAAAUCGAUGCUACCUCAGGUGUAAUAAAAACCAAGAGUUCUUUGGACUAUGAAAAGAUACAAAGAUACGCAUUCUUUGUGGUUGCCAUGGACAAUGGAGUCCCACAACUAAAUAGCACAAAACUUCAACUGAACAUCACAGUCGUCGAUGCCAACGACAAUAACCCACAGUUUGACAAAGCCAAUUACAAUGCUGAAGUAUCAGAAGCUGCUAAAGUGGGAGAUUUCGUCAUUAAAGUAUCAGCAACCGAGAAAGACUCGGGACUAGCCUCAGUCAUUGGCUAUAACAUAUCAGCUGGAGAUGUAAAAAAACAUUUUACAAUCGACCUUAAAACGGGAGAAAUUAAAGUCCAAAAAUCUUUGGACAGAGAAGCUAAGGCCACAUAUACUUUAUUAGUCACUGCAAAAGAUAGUGGUUCACCACCAAGAUACGGUCAGGCAACAGUAACCAUAACAUUGAAAGAUGUUAAUGACCGUCCUCCAGUGUUUAAAUUCAAAGAUUAUCAAAAGGAGAUUCCUGAAAACACCCCAGUAGGAAAUACAAUACUUAAAAUAGUGGCUGAUGACGAGGACACACCUGAGAAAACACAGCUAAAAUACUCCAUUGUUGAAGGCAAUUUAGGAAAUCAUUUUAUGAUGAAAACCGAAAAAGAUAAUGACAAAUACUCAGGUCUUAUUCAAGUGGCAAAACAGCUGGACAGAGAGACUAUAAAUCUGUACACUCUGAACGUUUCAGUGUCAGAUGGAGUACAUGCUGGAUAUGCCAGAGUCGAAAUCAGACUGAGUGAUGUUAAUGAUCGUCGUCCCGAAUUCAAUUCAUCUGUUAAUUACACCGCAGACGUCGCUGAGAAUACUCCUAGUGGUCUUCUUGUGAUUCAAGUAAUAGCUCGAGACAACGAUCUUGGCUCAAGUGCCAUAGUUACCUACUCGAUGUCAGGUGACGAUGGACGGUUUGUGAUUGGAGCAAAGACGGGUGAGAUUAGAACAAGCUCUAUUCCUCUUAACCGAGAAUUAAAACAAUUCUACAAGUUGCAAGUCACUGCCACCGAUCCUGACGGUCUUCGUAGCUUGAAAGAUGUUUAUGUUCKAGUUAUUGAUAAAAAUGACAAUGCACCAGUAUUCCAACCGAUGACAUAUACUGUUACUUUCGUCGAGGGGCCUGGAACUGUUGGAAUACAAAUAGCUGACAUCAAUGCCACAGACCUCGACGAAGGAGCCAAUCAGGACAUUGAAUAUUCGUUUGUAAAUGGAAACUUUGGAGACACUUUUCAUAUAGAUAGCAAAACGGGAGUCAUAACGACAGCAAAAAGUCUUGACAGAGAGGCAACGGGUGUAAUAGUUGACAAAGAAGGAUUAGGGGUCUACCAUCUAACCGUCAGGGCUCAUGACCAUGGUAACCCUAUGCAGUCGACAGCAACAACUGUAACGGUGAAAAUACGUGACAUCAAUGACAAUCCACCAGUCUUUCCAGUUAAUGGUUACAAGACAAUGAUCUCCGAGGGCGCUAAAUCUAACCAAGACGUUAUUGCUGCCAUAGCAACUGAUGAAGACACAGGUGUAAACAGCAAAUUAACAUAUGAGCUCAUUUCUGGCAAUAGUGGAGGUGACUUUAAGCUCGAUCCAGACACAGGAAUGAUAAAAACAGCAAGAAACCUGGAGAGACAACAAACUUUCUCUUACAACCUGACAAUCGGUGCUGCUGAUCAUGGCCGGCCGUCAUUUUCAGCAAAGACACGAGUAGAGAUAAUUGUUGGUGACCUCAAUGAUAAUACGCCUGUAUUCAAGCCUCAAAAUUAUUCAGUUUCCGUAACCGAGAAUAGUCCAGUGGGGACACACUUGCUAGAUGUGUAUGCAACCGAUGCAGACAGUGGACAGAAUGCUUAUAUUACAUACUCCAUCACAAGGGGUGAUCCAAUGAACGUGUUUAGAAUUGAAACUCAGCCCAAACAAGGAAAAUUGAUAGUCGCAGCAAAAAUUGACCGGGAGCACCAAGCCCGUUACAACCUGACCAUAACUGCAACUGACGGAGGAGUGCCAAUAAACAGAAAGGCUCAGGCAACCGUACUUAUAACAGUUCAGGAUCUUAAUGACAACGCUCCUCAUUUCUCCAGUAAUUCAUACACUGCAUCAAUUGAUGAGAACGCUGGUCCUGGGACGCUACUGAAGAUGUCAAAUCCAGUAAAGACAACAGAUGCCGAUGUUGGUAUAAAUGCAGAAAUCCGUUUUCAUCUUAACGGUACAGAUAGCAUUCAAUUCGAAGUCGAUCCCCUUACAGGUGCAUUAAAAACAAGGCGUUCUCCGCCUCCUCGCCUUGAUUAUGAAAAGGUUUCCAAGUACACAUUUCAUGUGGUGGCUGUCGACAAACAAGGUAAAGGACACGCGUCAUUCGCACAAGUGACGGUUAAUGUUUUGGACAUCAAUGAUAACACGCCCAAGUUUAUACCUGCUAAAAAGACUGUGACUACGAGCGAAAACUCUCCCAUUGGUCACAUUGUCACCAAAGUAACAGCAACAGACCCCGAUACUGGUCUGAAUGGACGUAUCUUUUACUCAAUCGUAUCAGGAUCUGAAGGAAAAUUUGACAUUGACCGUGUGUCAGGAGAGAUUCGCGUGAGUGCUCUAUUAGAUAGAGAAUCGAAUGCACAGUAUUCAUUGAACAUCUCUGCUAUUGACGGUAGCUAUUAUCCUAAUGAAGGAUAUGGUCAUGUUAUAAUAACAAUACAAGAUGUCAAUGACAACAAACCACGAUUCUCUAAGUCAACAUUUAAUGUGGAAAUUCCCGAAAACACUCCAGUAGGCAGUAUCAUUGUGAAUAUUACAGCAAGCGACUCAGAUGCUGGGACCAAUGCUUUAAUUAUAUAUUCCAUGAAGCAUGUGGGAUUUGGCAUCAAUCCACAGACUGGUUCUCUUAGAAGUAAAAUAAACCUGGACAGAGAAACAACACAAACGUUUUCUUUUACUGUGACAGCAAGGGAUGGCAAGGGACUGGAAACUAGUGUUCCUGUUCAUAUAGUUGUCAAAGAUGAAAAUGACAACUAUCCCCAGUUUCCUACGUCGCAAUACCAUACAGACGUAAUGGAGAAGACAUCCGUUGGUACAAUAAUACUUUCUGUCAAAGCUGAGGAUCGUGAUAUCGGAGAUAAUGGUCACAUUACAUACUCUAUUGUACAAAAUAACGACAAGUUGUUUGCUAUCGACAAGUUCACUGGGCUGAUCACGGUUGCUAAAGUCUUCAACCGACUAGAGUUACAGCAGUCGGGAAUUAUUAGUACAAAUGGUUCCUAUAUAUUUAUCGUCCAAGCACGUGACCUUGGCACUGUUCCUCGCUCGUCCAAUGUUACUGUUGUGAUUAAUGUGGUCGAUCUGGGUGAUGACAGUCCAGUUUUUAACAGUUCAUCUUACGUUGUUGAUGUGCCGGAGAAUAAGCCACCAGGUACUCAUGUCCUUCGUUUAACCAUCGCCAAACAACGCCCAGGGUCAAAGCUGACCUACAGUAUCGUGUCAUCACAAAAUGUCUUUACUAUUGACAAAGACACGGGAUUGAUUUCUACCAGCAUUCGUCUUGAUCGUGAGGCUCUUGAUAACUAUUUGAUAACUGCAAGUGCUACGGAUAAUGGACAGACACGAUUGUCUGGCUUUACCUCGGUUGCAGUCCACGUUACAGAUGACAAUGAUCAUGCACCUAGGUUCCAGUUUCCCCCUCCAUACAAAAUGGACGUGCUAGAAAGUGCACAUAUUGGCACAACCGUUGGUUUAGUUAAGGCAGUAGAUAGCGAUAAAGGAUCAAAUGCUGUAUUUGUAUACUCUAUAACGCAUGCAAAUAUAGGACCCGGAUUAAAAAUGGUUGCUCUCAACAAAGAUUGUGUAACACCCCUGGGCCUAGGUAAUGGUGACGUUCAAGCUAGUGGUAUGUCUGCAUCAUCCAUCUAUAUUGUCCGCAAUGAAGAUUACUCACCAACGCAAGGAAGACUUAACAAUGCACCAGUCAAACAAUCUGGUGUCACGUAUAAAGGAGCUUGGUGCGCCAGUGAAAAUAACCAGGAGCAGUACCUCCAAGUAGACUUCAGUGGUAUACGUAAAGUUACAAAAAUUGCAUCACAAGGAAGACCUGAUUCAAGUGAUUAUGUUCGAAGUUACACGCUGUCUUACAGCAUUGACGGCUCAACAUUUACUCUUAAUGGAAAAACGGUACUUCCUGGUAAUACCAAUKCAAAUGGCAUUCAGACUAACGUGGUUCUUCCAGCAUUCCAUGCUCGUUUUGUUCGUAUUCAUCCUAAAUCUUGGGUUGGUCGUAUAUGUCUAAGGAUUGAACUUUACGGUUGCGAAUCUACAGGGAAAGAUGAAGUAAUCCUGCCUUUCAUCAUCGAUCGUCAAAAUGGAACUAUUAGUACUUCAGCAAAACUUGAUCGUGAGCAACAAAGAUUUUAUAGAGUUGUUGUCGAGGCUAAAGACAAAGGAAAUCCUAGUCUGAACAGCACAACAACAGUAGAACUAUCCUUGAUAGACAAUAAUGAUAACCAUCCAAAGUUCUCUAAAGCUAUAUACGAGGCUUAUGUGAAAGAAAACGCUUAUGGUGGCUACCAGGUGAUCAGAAUAACGGCAUCAGAUGCUGAUGAAGGAAGUAACGCCCGACUGACCUAUGCUAUAGUAGCUGGUGGUAAUGGACGGUUUAUCAUUGAAGGUACAUCCGGGAUAGUGCGUCCUUCCGGUCACCUUGACUACGAAUCAAUGGCCAGUAAAUACUACGUAUUGAAUGUGUCAGCUACAGAUGGUGGAGUUCCACGGCUUACAUCAUUUUGUCGUCUUAAGAUCUUUGUCACCGACUUCAAUGACAAUAAGCCAGCAUUCAAUCAGUCAUCUUAUGUAACAAGUGUUAGCGAGGAUGCAUCAGCUGGCACUACUGUUACAACAAUAACUGCAACAGACAUCGACUCGGGAGUAAAUUCUCAGUUAAACUACACUUUAACAGGUUAUCCUGAUUUCUUUGAUAUUUUACCAAACAACGGUCAAGUACUAUUGAAGAAAGUCCUCGAUCGCGAGACCAAAAGUGAAUACGUACUGAUUAUAACUGCCUCAGAUCAUGGAGUUCCUACUCUAUCGUCAUCUACAAAGCUCACUGUCAAUGUCCUUGAUAAAAACGACAACUCGCCAAAAUUUACUUCUCCUAUAUAUAAGCGAACAUUGUCCGAGGGCAUUGCCAUUGGUACAAUAAUCAUAACAGUAGAAGCUACUGAUGCAGAUAUUGGAGUUAAUAGUCAGAUACGUUACCAAAUCAUUAGUGGAAAUGACCUCGGUCUUUUUACCCUGGACAAUGAUGAAGGAGUGCUACGAUUGGCUAAACCAUUAAAUCGUGAAGAGAAUGCGACCAUCAAACUCACCAUCGCUGCAAAGGAUCAAGGGAAACCGCAGCUUAGUGACCAGGCUGAGAUAGUGUUAGUGUUGACAGAUGUCAACGAUAAUGUACCUGUCAUUCAUCCCAGAAAAAUGACGGCUUUCAUCGAAGAGAAUUUAAAACCUGGUGCGUUUGUGAUAGACGUCAAUGCAACUGAUGACGACAUUCAUGAUAAUGGAGUAGUUCAGUAUGCUAUAAUGCAUGGCUCAGAUAAUAUGUUCGACAUUGAUAAGAAAACUGGGCGGAUAAUCACCAAAUCUAUGCUAGACAGAGAGACCAAAGACUUGUACACUCUUAUAGUCAUGGCACGUGACCAAGGUACAGUUCCAUAUAUGGACUUUGGUACAAUCGAUGUGCAUGUAGUUGAUGUUAACGACAUCACUCCUAUAUUCUUAAAGAAAUUUGGUCCGUUUGAAGUCAAAGAGAAUCAGCCAGCAGGCGAACUUGUUGGUCAAGUAUCGGCAUCUGAUAUUGACAUCGGAACAAACCGAGCAAUUACUUACAGUAUAACAGGUGGAGACAAAAAUGGAGAUUUAAGAAUCGACCCCAAAACUGGGAAAAUAACAACGGCAAAAUCACUGGACCGAGAGAUGUUUCCGAAAUAUGAUCUUUUCAUUACUGGAACCAACAAAGACACUAGUCCUCAACUGUCAAGUAGGACCGUCGUUCAAGUCAGAGUGCUGGACCUAAAUGACAAGGUCCCAGAAUUCAUGUCUAGCUCGUAUAAUACUUCCUUAUCCGAAUCCUCUCCUACGGGAACAAAGGUUGUGACCGUGUCAGCGGUCGACAAAGACGAGGGAACGAAUGGCCGUGUGCUCUAUCGCAUACGUUAUGACCUCAGCAGUCGACAAGCUGACGUAUUCAGUAUGAAUUCAGAAACAGGCGUGAUGAUGCUACAAAUGCGUAUUGAUAGGGAAGAGUAUAGAUCAUUUACUGUGAUGAUAGAAGCCAAGGAUAUGGGAACUCCAAAACCGUUAACGUCUCUUGCUCCUGUUUACGUCACAGUCCUUGACGUCAACGACAAUUCACCGCAGUUCCUAACGAAAGUCUACAGAGCAAUUACUACAGAAAAUGCUGCAGUUGGUACUAAAGUAGUGGAAAUUUCUGCCACCGACAAAGAUAAGGGUUUAAAUGGAAAAGUGACUUAUAAAUUAAUUAGUGGAAACGAGCAGGGUCACUUUGUAAUUAACAAAACCUCUGGUGUCGUAAGUAUUUCAUCAAUUAUCGACCGCGAGACAACAUCCGCAUUCAGUCUCAUCGCAGGCGCAUACAACGACGAGACAAUGGCAUUUAAUGAAACAAAGAGACUUAACAAAAGAGCUGUUGAUGACACUGGUCGUCAUUAUGACACUACCCAAGUAAAUAUCAACGUAGAUGACAUCAAUGAUAAUGCUCCAAUAUUUGUUAGAACGUUGUUUGUUGGAGGUAUACCAGAAGGAGCAGAACUGAAUACUUAUAUCAAAACUAUAUCUGCGGCGGAUCCCGAUGCCGGUAACUUCAGUGCGAUAUCAUAUCGCAUAAUGUCCGGAAAUGAAGGUGGUUUCUUCAGCUUGGAUACCAGGACUGGAAAAGUUUAUUCAGCAAGUCUAUUUCAGGACAAAAAAGGUCAAAGGUUUACCUUAAAAGUCACUGCUUUUGACAACAAUGCUAGAAAACCGUUUAACGAAGCACAGGAGCCUACACUGCUUAGGAUAUUUGUCCUACUUGAAGAACAAAGAGUAACUCUAAAGGCAGCAGUCGAACCAAAACUAAUCGAACAGAAUAAGAAUGAAUUUSUUAGCGUUUUAAGUAACAUUACAGAGGCAGAAGUGUAUGUUGAGCAGAUCUUCAAAGUUGAGUCUUUUGAUGUUAAAGGAGAAAAAGUGGUAGAGUCUGAGGUCGUAUUUCAUGCCAUCAAAGAAUCCACGCAAGUCAUCUUGACUAACGACGAAGUACUCAGGACAAUCGAUAAAUAUAGUCAUGAGCUUAACACAAUGUACGCCAAAUGGAAAAUUAAAGCUGUUACACCGAAACCAACUGUUGAUCCAAAUCAAGGAAAACUGACAGAUGCUGAACUUGCCUUGAUCAUCUUAGGUGGUAUUGUCGCUCUUUUGCUUAUCAUCAUUUUAUGCUGCGUCAUCAGAUUCUGCAUAAGCUCAGAGAGACGAGAAAUGUACAGAUCACCAGAACCUGCAAGGCGGUUUGCAAAUAGCCAACGAAUCAACCGAGCAGGAUCCUGGUCCUACUAUGAUAACGUCGUGACCAAUAAUGGAGAUAAAGAUGUUACUGCACUGAGAAUACAGUCAGAAAGAGGAAGUCCUGUUGGCAGUACACGUACUGGUCGUAAUGGUUCUAACACAUAUACAUCAUACCUACUAAACAAAAAAAGACUAAGCCAACAUGCCGCUGAUGACAAGAUAUGGAGCGAAGGUGACUUUUAUCUUUCCCAGGAUUCAAAGAUGGAUUCCUAUCUUGACGAUGAUGGGGCAUCGCAUAAGAGUGACAGUAGUCGACCCAGUACUUCUCGAAGUCCAAAUGCAAGAGACGUAGCUUUGGAAAUAAGUGAUAUGCCCGUUACCAAAGUUUAGCAUGAAGAAACUAGUAUAUUGAACAUCAAUGAACAUCAACAUCAAUGUGUCAAGCUAUUAUAUGAGAACGGCGUUUUGGAACCCUAGGUCCGUGAACCUACUUUGAGAAAAUUUAGCCUGAAAGCAAUUUUGAUCAGACUGAUAGAUUCAUAAAUGCUCGUUUAUUUUAUACCAUUCUUCUCCUGUAUCAAUCCCAGUGACAUGUGCAUGCUUGCAAAUUUGAUUUUUAUGAUUUGGAACAUAACAAACCUAUCUUUAUAUAUUUCGAAGUUCAAACCUUCAAACGUGCGGACACGGGUUUGUAUUUAAGUUCAAAACCAAGAUAUGCAUGAUAUGCAUGCUUGACUGUAAUUGAUAUAAUUUAGAACCUAAUAAAAUUGUCUUACUUUGGA